AGAAGAUACUAGCGGUCGAUUCAUUACUAUUCAGUGUAUGUCUGUUUCCAUUUGCAAUGCAACUGUAGACUGUAGCCCGAUACUGUUGCUACAUACAGUGAAUGGUUAUUGACAAGGUGCACGUCAAAAACGGGUGAAUGCUUAUCCUAGUACAAUUUAGAAUUUUAAUGGCUUGCAUGCUAUCGGUGCACCGCCACCGCACAGACGCUCUACGCUGAGCUGGUGUCGCAUUACUCCAGUCUCCAGCGGCUGGAGUGUACGUCCAGAUAAAGUGGUGAAACAGAAUGGAAUAAAAAAGGCCUCCUACAAGGCCAGGCGAUAGACUCGUCUCUAUCAGAAAUAGGGAUGCAGCAGGCAGAGGCUGCAGGAAAAUAUCUCAAAGACGUCAAGUUCACCAACGUGUUUGUCAGUGACAUGGCCCGUGCCCGCCAGACUUGCGAAGCAAUUGUAAAACACAACAGUAGUUGCUCUGGCCUAGAAAUUGUCACCGAUCCAUCACUUAAAGAGAGGAGUUUUGGGAGUGCCGAGGGGGGCUUGGUGGUGGACAUGAAGAACAUGGCUACAGCGGCUGGUCAAUCGUGGCUGGACUUCACUCCUCCAGGGGGAGAGACUAUAGAACAGAUGAAGACGCGGAUCAAAGAGUUUCUGGAGCACCUGUUCCAGCGCAUGGUGGCUGACCACUGCAGACCAGGACAGAGGGAGACAGGGAUGCCAGAGGGGGCUCUUGCAGGCAAGCCAGAUGAUGGGACCAGAGAUGUUCCUGCCCAUGCCCUGGUGGUCAGCCAUGGGGCCCUAAUACGUGUGGCCAUGCGCUACCUUGUGGACGAGCUAAAGUGUCCUUUACCCCAGGGGUUGGACAUGUCCCAUGUGAUCGCUCUCUGUCCCAACACGGGCAUAUGUCGGUUUAUCUUCACUGUGACAAAAAGGGAUGCGGGCAUCACCCUCUCAGCCAUCCGCUGUGUCUUCAUCAACAGGUGCGAGCACAUCUAAGAGGAGGUGUAGAGUAGAGGGGGUUGAAGGAAAUAAUCUCCUGGUUCACACCACACUAUAGGGCCGACUAGAACCGUACUGUGCUGUUCAGGAUAUCUUCUUUUCACAUUGUCCUUUCUAGCAUGGUUCCAGCAACUAUGGUAGAUAGGCAAAGUGGUACUGGGCUGGCCUGAUUCGCCUUGGCCUCUUGAGUGGGAGUCGGUCUGACUAAGAUAUACACAGACUCCAUAUCGGAAUCUGGUUGAGUUAUUUAAAAUAAUUUUAAGGCAUACACUACCGGUCAAAAGUUUCAUAACACCUACACAUUCAAGAGUUUUUCUUUCUUUUCUUUUUUACUAUUUCUACAUUGUAGAAUAAUAAUGAAGACAUCAAAAUUAUAAAAUAACACGUAUGGAAUCAUGUAGUAACCAAAAAAGUGUUAAACAUUUUAUAUUUGAAAUUCUUCAAAUAGCCACCCUUUGCCUUGAUGACAGCUUUGCACACGCUUGGCAUUCUCUCAUCCAGCUUCAUGAGGUAGUCACCUGGAAUGUAUUUCAAUUAACAGGUGUGCCUUCUUAAAAGUUCAUUUGUGGAAUUUCUUUCCUUCUUAAUGCGUUUGAGCCUAUCAGUUCUGUUGUGACAAGGUAGGGGUGGUAUACAGAAGAUAACCCUAUUUGGUAAAAGACCAAGUCCAUAUUAUGGCAAGAACAGCUCAAAUAAGCAAAGAGAAACGACAGUCUAUCAUUACUUUAAGACAUGAAGGUCAGUCAAUACGGAAAAUUUCACGAACUUUGAACGUUUCUUCAAGUGCAGUCGCAAAAAUCAUCAAGCGCUAUGAUGAAACUGUCUCAUGAGGACCGGUACAGGAAAGGAAGACCCAGAGUUACCUCUGCUGCAGAGGAUAAGUUCAUUACAGUUACCAGCCUCAGAAAAUGCAGCCCAAAUAAAUGCUUCAAAGAGUUCAAGUAACAGAUACAUCUCAAAAUCAACUGUUCAGAGGAGACUGUGUGAAUCAAGCUUUCAUUGCCAAAUUGCUGCAAAGAAACCACAACUAAAGGACACCAAUAAGAAGAAGAGACUUGCUUGGGCCAAGAAACACGAGCAAUGGACAUUAUACCAGUGGAAAUUUGUCCAAAUUGGAGAUUUUUGGUUACAACCGCCAUGUCUUUGUGAAACGCGGCGUGGGUGAACGGAAGAUCUCUAAAUGUGUAUAUCCCAUCGUAAAGCAUGGAGGAGGAGGUGUUAUGGUGUGGGGGUGCUUUGCUGGUGACAUUGUCUGUGAUUCAUUUAGAACUCAAGGCACACUUAAACAGCAUGGCUACCACAGCAUUCUGCAGCGAUACGCCAUCUCAUCUGGUUUGGGCUUAGUGGGACUAUCAUUUGUUUUUCAACAGGACAAUGACCCAACACACCUCCAGACUGUGUAAGGGCUAUUUACCAAGAAGGAGAGUGAUGGACUGCUGCAUCAGAUGACCUGGUCUCCACAAUCUCCCGACCACAAACAAAUUGAGAUGGUUUGGGAUGAGUCAGACCACAGAGUGAAGGAAAAGCAGCCAACAAGGGCUCAGCAUAUGUGGGAACUCCUUCAAGACUGUCGGAAAAGCAUUCCAGGGGAAGCUGGUUGAGAUAAGAGAGUGUGCAAAGCUGUCAUCAAGGCAAAGGGGGGCUAUUAGAAGAAUCUCAAAUAUAAAAUAUAUUUUGAUUUGUUUAAAACUUUUUUGGUUACUACAUUUUUUGUCUUCACUAUUAUUCUACAACGUAGAAAAUAGCAAAAAUAAAGAAAAACCCUUGAAUGAGUAGGUGUUCUAAAACUUUUGACCGGUAGUGUCUAUGUAUUUGUCUGAUAGUAUUUUAAUGUACAUUAUGCAACACAAUGAAGAUUGAGAAAAUAAACAAUCAUAUUUUGAAGCUUUCCCAUUCCAUCUCAUCACUGCGCCAUGCAUAACCAGCUGACAUGUUAAAAACCUACAUCACUGUCUUUGAAAUUCAAAUGUCAUAUUCAUUGACACCAUCUAUAUGUUCUCUAUGUUACUGGUAGUUUUAUUUGGUGAAUGAAAUGUGGAUGUUUGGCUUAUUCCACAAAUGUUCAAAUAAAAAAAUUGCUGAUAAGUAAAGAACACACUUUAAGAAAAAAUGUUUAUCCAGGCACAAUGCCUUUUCGUAUUACUUAAGCUUUUGGCUGGUUUAAUGUAUUUCUUUAUACAUCUUAUAACAUCACAUUUAACAUCACAUCUCCUUCUUGCAACUACUCACAUCAUGUUCUAUCUGUUGUUGUCAUGAAAAACAGAACUUCGUGCUCAUGAAAGGCUUUUUGGGAUUGACCACAGUUUUACCUCUUGGAAUCCAACCACCAUGUUAAUGAAUGAAUGCUGGGUAACACUUUAUAUUAAGUUGUCUAAACCUAUGUAGUAAUACUUUAAUUAUACCAGUAAUACAUAGUAGUCAGGAGAGUAUGAUAAUUGCAUUUUAAUUGUAUAGCAAUUGAGUUUUUGCCUUUACAAAAGAGGGAGAUGGACCGUUCUUCCUUCCACUGGCGUAAUAACUAAAACCACUCAACCCCAUUACUAUGCUAUUAGAAAACAGCAAUGUUGUGACUGUAGUAACUACAGCAUUACUACUAAUGUAAAGUGUUACCUAGAGCUGCAUUGAAAGCAGUGCUAACAAGGUGUGAUUAUGAACCUAGUGUGAAACAAUUAUUUCAAAUGCUAUGUACAUUAGUAAUAUUAUGUCAGAAUUUGUCAUAUUUAGAUCUGUUUCCGUUUACACUGAACAAAAAUAUAAAUGCAACAUGUAAAGUUUGGUACCAUGUUUCAUGAACUGAAAUAAAAGAUCCCAGAAAUUUCCAUAUGCACAAAAAGCAUAUUUAUGUCAAAUUUGUUUACAUCCCUGUUAGUGAGCAUUUCUUCUUUGCCAUGAUAAUCCAUCCACCUGACAGGUGUGGCAUAUCAAGAAGCUGAUUAAAUGCCAUGAUCAUUACACAGGUGCACCUUGUGGUGGGGACAAUAAAAGGCCACUCUAAAAUGUGCAGUUUUGUCACAGAUGUCUCAAGCUUUGAGAAAGCGUGCAAUUGGCAUGCUGACUGCAGGAAUGUCCACCAGAGCUGUUGCCAGAUAAUUUAAUGUUAAUUUCUCUACCAGCUGCCUCCAAUGUCAUUUUAGAGAAUUUGGCAGUACAUCCAAUAGGCUUCACAACCGCAGACCACGUGUAACCACACCAGCCCAGGUCCUCCACAUCUGAUUUAGUCACCUGCGGGAACGUCUGAGAUCAGCCACCCGGACUGCUGAUGAAACUGUGGGUUUGCACAACUAAACAAUUUCAGAAACCAUCUCAGGGAUGCUCAUCUGCUUGCGCGUCAUCCUCACCAGGGUCUUGACCUGACUGAAGUUAGGUGUUGUAACUGACUUCAGUGUACAAAUUCUCACCUUCGAUGGCCACUGGCAUGCUGGAGAAGUGUGCUCUUCAGGAAUGAAUCCCGGUUCAACUGUACCAGGCAGAUGGCAGGCAGCGUGUAUGGUGUCGCGUGGGUGUGUGGUUUGCUGAUGUCAAUGUUGUGAACAGAGUGCCCCAUGGUGGCGGUGGGGUUAUGGUAUGGGCAGGAAUAAGCUACUGAAAACAAACACAAUUGCAUUUUAUCAAUGGCAAUUUGAAUGCACAGAGAUACCGUGACGAGAUCGAGGCCCAUUGUCGUGCCAUCCAUCCGCUGCCAGCACCUCAUGUUUCAGCACAAGCAUUUCGCUACACCCACAAUAUCAUCUGCUAAACAUGUGUAUGUGACAAAUAAAAUGUGAUUUAAUUAUGCAGCAACUUCACACAGCCAUUGAAGAGGAGUGGGACAACAUUCCACAGGCCACAAUCAACAGCCUGAUCAACUCUGUGUGAAGGAGAUGUUGCGCUGCAUGAGGCAAAUGGUGGUCACACCAGAUACUGACUGGUUUUCUGAUCCACACCACUACCUUUUUUAAAGGUAUCUGUGACCAGAUGCACAUUUGUAUUCACAGUCAUGUGAAAUCCAUAGAUUAAGGCCUAAUUUAUUUAUUUAAAUUGACCGAUUUACUUAUAUGAACCAUAACUCUUUUGUAUGGUUCUCUUUUGUUAUUAAAUUGUUGCAUGUUGUUUAUAUUUUUGUUCAGUGUAUAUAUUUUAUGAUAAGACAAUAAGCAUCCAUAUAAAACAUUACACAUUAUAAAUAACAAUAUGUGAAUACAUUUGAAUAAAUACAUAUUAUAUUG